UCCCUCGCCCCAGAACGUUGCUGUGGUAGCGCCUGGGCGCCAUGUUAGGAGGCCGGAGGGGAAGAGGAAGGACUAGAGGAAGCGGCGGCGGCAGCAGCAACAACAGCGGCGGCGGCGGCGGCCACCAGGCCUAGCAAGCGGCUCUCUCCCCUCGGCCGGAGGGCCCGAGCCAGGCCCGUAUCAUGCUCGCGUCGCCCGCUUCCCAGGGGCAGGAAGAGUGACUGUUCCGGGGAAGAGGUGGCGGCGCUUAACCCACAGCCGGAGAGACGAUGCCGUUUCCAGUUACAACCCAGGGAUCACAACAGACACAGCAACCACAGAAGCAUUAUGGCAUUACCUCACCUAUCAGUUUAGCUGCCCCCAAGGAGAUUGACUGUGUUCUUACUCAGAAAUUAAUUGAAACCCUAAAACCCUUUGGUGUCUUCGAAGAGGAGGAGGAACUGCAACGCAGAAUUCUAAUUUUGGGGAAACUAAAUAACCUAGUAAAGGAAUGGAUACGGGAAAUCAGUGAAAUUAAGAAUCUUCCACAGUCUGUAAUAGAAAACGUUGGAGGGAAAAUUUUUACAUUUGGAUCAUACAGAUUAGGUGUACAUACAAAAGGUGCUGAUAUUGAUGCAUUGUGUGUUGCACCAAGGCAUGUUGACAGGAGUGAUUUUUUCACCUCGUUUUAUGAAAAACUGAAACUACAGGAAGAAGUAAAAGACCUACGGGCUGUUGAAGAAGCAUUUGUUCCUGUUAUCAAACUAUGUUUUGAUGGAAUAGAGAUUGAUAUAUUGUUUGCCCGAUUAGCACUUCAGACUAUUCCUGAAGACCUAGACCUUCGAGAUGAUAGUCUUCUUAAAAAUUUAGACAUUAGAUGCAUACGAAGUCUUAAUGGUUGCAGAGUAACCGAUGAAAUUCUCCAUCUAGUACCAAAUAUUGACAAUUUCAGAUUAACACUGAGAGCUAUCAAACUAUGGGCUAAACGGCACAACAUCUAUUCCAAUAUACUAGGUUUCCUUGGUGGAGUUUCCUGGGCUAUGCUAGUAGCAAGAACUUGCCAGCUUUAUCCAAAUGCAAUAGCAUCAACUCUUGUACAUAAAUUUUUCUUGGUAUUUUCUAAAUGGGAAUGGCCAAAUCCAGUGCUAUUGAAACAGCCAGAAGAAUGCAAUCUUAAUUUGCCUGUAUGGGACCCAAGGGUAAACCCCAGUGAUAGGUACCAUCUUAUGCCUAUAAUUACACCAGCAUACCCCCAGCAGAACUCUACCUACAAUGUGUCCGUUUCUACACGUAUGGUGAUGGUUGAAGAAUUUAAGCAAGGUCUUGCUAUCACAGAUGAAAUUUUGCUGAGUAAGGCAGAGUGGUCCAAACUUUUUGAAGCUCCAAACUUCUUUCAAAAAUACAAGCAUUAUAUUGUACUUCUAGCAAGUGCACCAACAGAAAAACAGCGACUAGAGUGGGUUGGCUUGGUAGAGUCAAAGAUCCGUAUUUUGGUUGGAAGCUUGGAGAAGAAUGAAUUCAUCACACUGGCUCAUGUAAAUCCUCAGUCAUUCCCAGCACCCAAGGAAAAUCCUGACAAGGAAGAGUUUCGUACAAUGUGGGUGAUUGGGUUAGUGUUUAAGAAAACUGAGAACUCUGAAAAUCUGAGUGUUGAUCUUACAUAUGACAUUCAGUCUUUUACUGACACUGUUUAUAGGCAAGCAAUAAACAGCAAGAUGUUUGAGAUGGAAAUGAAAAUUGCUGCAAUGCAUGUUAAAAGGAAGCAACUUCAUCAAUUGCUACCUAGUCAUGUGCUUCAGAAAAAGAAAAAGCAUUCGACAGAAGGGGUCAAGUUGACAGCGCUGAACGACAGCAGCCUAGACUUAUCUAUGGAUAGUGAUAACAGCACAUCUGUGCCUUCUCCUACUAGUGCUAUGAAGACAAGUCCAUUGAACAGUUCUGGAAGCUCUCAGGGCAGAAGCAGUCCUCCUCCAGCUGUGACGGCAGCAUCUGUGACCAACAUACAGGCUUCUGAAGUCACUGUGCCACAAACAAAUUCCAGUGAAAGCUCAGGGGGUUCUUCAAGUGAAAGCAUUCCUCAGACUGCCACACAGCCAGCCAUCUCUCCACCACCAAAGCCUACCAUCUCUAGAGUAGUUUCUUCAACCCGUCUUGUCAACCAACCACAGAGACCUUCAGGAAACGCCACACCGAAAGUAACUAGCCCUGUAGCAGGUGUGAAGAGGACAUCAUCCCCUCAUAAAGAAGAGUCUCCCAAAAAAAUAAAGACUGAAGAGGAGGAAGUGAAUGAAGAUGCUAGCUGUCUUGAUACAAGUGAUCACGAUAAAACAGAAACUAAGGAAGCACUUGAUACAGAUUCAGAGAUGGCCUCUCAACCAGAAACCCUUCCAACAACAGUAUCACUGCAAGCUCCUCAGAAAAUGCCCAGUACAGACCUUUCAGAUAUUCCUGCUCUCCCUGCAAACCCUAUUCCGGUUAUCAAAAAUUCAAUAAAACUAAGAUUGAAUCGAUAAAACCAACCUCAGGGGUCCAUAAACAGUAUCUGCCAAUUCAACCUAUUGUCUUCUAAAUGCUGAAAUGGAGAACCGAGAGUGCAAGACGAGAAUGUGAAUGCAGAUGGAUUUAGGUGUGUUUUCUGCACUUCCCUUGCUGGGCUAUAAUCACUUGAUCUGGAAGUCCAGGUUAGUAUGUGAAGUCAGGAGUACUAUUAAAUGUGUUAGCAACAGUUUUACAUUGAAUACUUCAAAGGAUUACUGCCUUUCAAAAGGAACGGGAAUACUAUUUCUAGCCAUAUUUGACACUGAUUGGAUUUAUGUUGAUGCAUUGUUUGGAACACACAUACACAAAAAUAGAGCUUAAACUGGCAAAAGAAUCCCUUAAAAUGCACUUUUAUGUACUUUUUUAUUGAAAUAUGACUAAUUUUAGCGUUUCGGCUUGAUAGGUUUUUUUUAUUUUUUUAUUGGAGAUAUUCUUCAAUAUCUGCAACCUUCAAAUUAGAGAAUGGUCUGAUACAUUGUGUACUGCAGUAUGCGCUGUAUCUAGCUCUGUUACCAAUAACCCAGAGUAAAACUUUAAAAGAAAAUGUCAAAUCUUGAGGUUAUAAGUUUGAGAAAACAAGUAUUGGGUAUUUGGCGGGGCAUGAUUAAGAAGUGGUCUAUUUUUUAUUUAUAGGAUUAUUUUAUGGUGCAUACAAAUCAGCUAUCAAAAAGCAAAUAAUUUUUCAUUCAGCUAAUCAGAUCCCCUCCCAUUCCCUUCCUGUAGCUGUCAUCAUAUUUCUUGGAGGGGGGGAGAAAAGCUUUUGCAUUUAACUUGUGUUUCAGUUUGUAUGCCUAAAUUUGGACUAAUGUCGUCCGUCAAAUGCUGGUAUUUCUUUUAACUGGUCAUGAUGGUGGUUACAAAAGCUCUAUUACUCUGUGGCCCUUCAGGCACGAGUGCCACGCCCCCCCCCCCCCCCGCCCCAUGACUGAAAUGGAGUAAAUAAAGUGUGCCUGUGAAGCAUUUAACUCUGUCUUGAUGGCCUUUUCAUCACUAAAUAUAAGAGUUUUGUACACUCCAUAAAAGUCCUGUCUGCAUUACAAACAUCUCAAAUUUUAAAUAUAUAUAUAUAUAUGAAGGCAGAUCUUUCUUACCCUAUAGGAUUUUAAGUUUAUUUUAUUUUAUUUUUAGGUAGCUCACCUGAAAGUAGUUUUUACAUUCUGAGCGUUUUCUUUUAAAUCACAAUUCUAGCAGACACUUGAAAACCUGAUUAGCUCUCCUUGCCCAGUUGUCUUCGUUUUGUUCUGUAGAGCUAAAAAAAUGACUAGCGGCAACUUUGUUUAAAGAGGUAUGAAAAUCUCACGUGACUAAGCAGCAGAAAGUGAGGAAUGCCAGUGAUUAUCAGAUGGAGAUAACAAGCUAUAUAUAACUUUUGAUUCAAUCAAAAUUAAGUGGGGAUGGUUAAAUUGCUCUUCCCAUAUUUUCUGAUCAGCAUGUUUAAUGACUUCCUUCCCUGCAUUGUGCUCAAUCCUCCUACAUGUGCAUUUCCAUGUUAAAGUAAAAUUACUUGCUCUUCCCCUCCCCCCCCAUAAGUUAAUUUUCCAAAGCCAAGAGAUUGCAGCUUACUCUCCCGACCUCCCCAGUUGUGCAGUAACCAAGAUUUUAUUUUCUGCCCUUUUGUCUACGAUGCUUAGUAUACAAAAUUCUUGCCCUCGCCCUGUACAGCCUCCUGUGACCCAACCUUCGCUCCCGUAAUAUUACCUUGCACCCUCCCUCUCCCCCAGGACCCAGUCCAAAAGGUUUAACUAACAGUUGAAGUGUACAAACUGUCUGUGUAUUUUGUGUAGCUAUGGAGUUUAGAUCGAACUUGCCAGGCACAAAUUUAGUCUCGUUUUGUUUACACAUGAGGAUUUUAUUUUAUUUUUUCAUUUUAUUAAACGUUUCAUGUAUCUGCACCCAAGUUUUGCCAAGCUGGGAACUUGGAAUCUUUUCUGUAUAGUGACUUUUUAAUUCUAGUUUUCAUAACCUGGAGAUCAGACUGUUGCUUUCGCAUGAUGUACGUAGGUGUCUCAUGACUGGAGUUGCUUUGUUUUAUAGUAUCUGUACUCCUUGUAUUUUUCAAGAGCUAUUUUGUAAACAGAUGAUGUAUUUCUCCAUGGAAAACAAUAAAAAAACAGCACAAUCCCA